AUGUUGAGAGCCAGUGUCCGCAGAUACUCGAUCAAAAACCUUCCCUUCGAGUCCAAGCCAAAGAACAAAUACAAUGAGGCCCGUUCUGCUUUCAACUUGAAACCCGUGCCCACGCAAGGUCUCAUACACAAUCCUCCAGCUUCCAUGCCCAGCGUCACCGAUACACCAAAGGCGUUUUUACCACCCAACGAUCCUAGAUUGAAAUAUAUGGCCGAGAAGUUCAAGACCUACACGCCAGAAGAACUUGAGGACAUGCCUCUCAUAUGGGGGGCCAAGAAAGAUUACUCCUUGACUCCAGACAUCAUUCAGGAAAUCAUCACGUUGAGAAACCAAGACCCACACAAGUGGAGCAUUGCCAAGUUGGCGGCCAAAUUUGGUGUGGCCACAAACAAGGUGAAUGUGAUUACCGGAUUCAGCAUGGCCAAGCAGCAAAAAAUUCUCGAGGAGUUGCAGGCGGUCAAGGAGUCUUGGUCGGACAAGAGAAAAAUUGCCAGAGACGACAGACAACGGAGAAAACAAAUGUGGUUGAGAAACGAAUAUUAG